AUGGCUUCGCCUCAAGAGCUGAAAGCGAUUGCCGUUCAAAGUAUCGAUAAAGAGGAAUCGAAUUUAUUAAUGAUCAACAGAGAAAUCCUAAAUAAUCCUGAAUUAAAAUAUGAGGAAUUUAAAGCUCAUCAACUCUUAACUGAUUUCUUUGAAAAGGCUGGCUUCCAUGUCGAUCGUAGUUAUACUUUACCGACUGCAUUUCGUGCUGUUUACUCUUCAAAUGAUCAAGGACCUAAAGCUUGCGUUAUUUGUGAAUAUGAUGCGUUGCCUGGUAUCGGCCAUGCAUGUGGCCAUAAUUUAAUUGCAGAGGCAGGAGUAGCUGCUGCUCUUGGCAUUAAAGCAGCCAUGGAAGCAAGCGAUAUCAAUUUAGGCCAAUUAAUUGUCUAUGGAACACCAGCAGAAGAAGGCGGUGGUGGAAAAAUCAAAAUGAUCCACAGUGGCUGCUUUAAGGACAUCGAUUUUGCAAUGAUGGUUCAUCCAUUUCCAUUUGAUGCUACUUAUGGCAACUUAAUUUGUCUACAACGUGUAACGGCUACUUAUCAUGGUAAAAGUUCACAUGCAGCUGCUUUUCCAUGGGAAGGCGUUAAUGCGUUAGAUGCAGCUGUCCAUGCAUAUACUGCUCUUUCCUUGAUGCGCCAGCAGAUGAAAUCGGGCUGGAAGAUUCAUGGCAUUAUUGCUGAAGGUGGUACCAUGCCUAAUAUUAUACCUGCAACAUCCAAACUAGAUUAUUUUAUUAGAGCGCCUUUAAUGCGUGAUAUGCAAGAAUUACAAGAUAAAUGUGAAGCUUGCUUUCGUGGUGCUGCUGAAGCAACUGGAUGUACAGUUGAUAUUGCUUUUGAAAGAAUUGAAGGAGAUUAUUUUCAAGAUGUGAUCACCAAUCCUAUUAUGGCUGAUUUAUAUGAGAAAAAUGUAGCUACCCUCGGUCUUGUAAUGCCCAGUAGGGCAGAACAGUUAACUUUUCCCUCGGGCUCUACUGAUAUGGGGAACGUCUCUCACAUUCUACCCACUAUUCAUCCUUUUUAUGCAAUUGAUACUGAGGCUGCUAACCAUACACCCGAAUUUACCAAAGCAUCCUCUACCAUGCAAGCGCAUCAACAAACCAUUAUUGCUGCUAAAACCAUGGCAAUGACUACCAUUGAUAUCCUAACAGAUUAUAACUUGUUGGAAAGUAUUAAAUUGCAAUUCAAUGCCCAAAAAUCGCUAUAG